AAUUUCAGGCCAAUUUUUGUUUAUGGGUGAAUUCUUGAAAUUGGACAAUCACACAACAAAAGUAACGCCAUUCGAACUCUAUAAUUAAUUGUUGAUGAUUGCAUUAUCCCGUAUUGACCUGUUUACCAAGUCAAUCUGGGUGUGAAGUACGUGAAGUAGGCACGUCCAUCGAGAAAUGAAGAUUCAGCAUGUGAUUUACACACAUUUUUGUCAAAGACUGCUAGGAAAACCAUGCUAACAACAUCAUCACGAGUUCUUAGAGCCAAUUGAAGGUGAUCAGCAAUGCAGGAGGUCCCAGUGCGUGUUGCUGUUAGGGUGCGACCCUUCCUGCCCCAGGAGAAACUCCAUCAUCAUGAAUCCUGUGUUCGUGUUAUCCCCAACACUAAUCAAGUCAUUGUGGGAAGGGACCGCGCUUUCACGUUCGACCAUGUUCUUCCGUCCAAGAUUAACCAGGAGGAGGUAUAUAAAGUAUGUGUCAGUGGACUUGUUACCAGUUUCUUCGAAGGCUACAAUGCUACCGUGUUUGCCUAUGGACAGACUGGUUCUGGUAAGACGUACACUGUGGGUGGACACAAUGCAACCAACCUGACCGAGGAUGAAUAUGGGAUCAUACCAAGAGCUAUUCAACACAUGUUUCAUAUCAUCAAGGAGAACCACAAUGUAGACUUCAACCUUCAUGUAUCCUACAUUGAGAUCUACAAAGAAGAACUGAAGGACCUGCUUGAUUUGGAGACUAACAGCAAAGAGAUGCACAUCAGGGAAGAUGAACACGGUAACACAGUUGUGAUUGGCGCUACAGAGAUUACCUGCGACAGCCUUGACGAUGUGCUUAACUGUCUGUCCAUCGGCUCCACACAUCGCCAUACCGGUGCCACUAACAUGAACGAAGUCUCAAGUCGCUCCCAUUCCAUCUUCACCAUAGCACUACAUCAACAAUGGGAAGAUCCACCAGACAUUGAAGCAGAGAAAAAAAUUGAUUUAACAGAGGCUGACCAACCAGGCGUUGGGGUUCACACCAUGUCGGCCAAGUUCCACUUUGUGGAUUUAGCGGGCUCCGAAAGAGCUCAUAAGACUGGAAAUGCUGGAGAGAGAUUCAAAGAAUCUGUGUACAUUAACAGCGGUCUGCUCUCCUUGGGUAACGUCAUUAGCGCCUUGAGUGAUCCGAAGAGAAGGGGAUCUCACAUUCCAUACAGAGACUCUAAGAUCACUCGCAUCCUCAAGGACUCCUUAGGAGGCAAUGCCAAGACAUGUAUGAUCAAUUGCAUCAGUCCAUCGGCCGUCAGCUUUGAUGAGACGUUAAAUUCACUCAAGUAUGCCAACAGGGCGCGUAACAUCACCAAUAAACCCAUCAUCAAUCGUGACGUUAACUCAUGUCGUAUUGCAGCUAUGCAGACUGAGAUCCAAGAACUUAGAGAGGAGUUACAGAGACAUCAGUCAGCAACUCAUGAACAAGAUCAGAGAGGUGCAGACUCCCAGCGAGUGAAAGCCCUUGAAAGCAGUAUGAUAAGAUACAAGACAAGCUCAGCCCACUAUCAAGCAUGCACAGAAGAAGCAAUGAAGCUACUGACUAGCCUUCAAGACAGCGAUCACCUCAGCGAUGAUGAACUCACGGCCAUCCGUGAUUGGAUGGAUCUAGCUGAGGAAGCUCGGGGGGCUAGUACAACAACAGACGAGACCGCUAAAGGUCAUGAGAGAGCAAGGAUCACACAGCUAGAGAAGCAGUUGAAGAAGGCCCUUGCGGAUCUUGCCAGCGAUGAAGAAAUCUUCAGCACUAAAAACAAGGAGAAUAACGACCUACUGGGCAGAAUAAAAAAGCUGGAGGCAGAACACGAAGAGACUGUGAGUGAACUUGAAGACGCCAUGUCACGUCUUCAUCAACAGGAACAAGAUCUGAUAGAACAGCAAACUCUCAUACAUGAACUACAAGAACAAAAUAAGGUUGAUUAUCGUUCAGAAUCCCACAGCCUUGAGCUGCCUUCAGCUAGAGGUAUUAAGAGACCCAUGUCGGUACCUGCUCAUCUAUCUGGUCUGACUAGAGCUAAAUCAGCUGCUGAUGUAGAUGCCAAGCCUGGAGGAAGACCACAGUCCAGAAAGUUACAUACCAGUCCACCCUUGUUUGGAAGUGUGCAGACUUCCUUAUUCUCUUCCAGUGCGUCUUUCUCCGAUCAGGUAUCAACGUACACCGUCCAGGCCUGUGAUCGGUUCCUAAACACCUUGUUUUCAAUGGAGCGUAUUGUGCAGGGAUUCAAAGCACGCAGCCAUCUCAUCUUGAAGCGACUUGAAGAACAAGAUGAGGUAAUGCAAUGGGAGAUGAGUGAUAGCAGCAAUGAUGGCAAUGAUGACAACCAGUCAGGCGCUUUGGGAAAGACAUGGAGUCGAUCUAACCAGUCAAGAAGGAACUCUGAUUCCAAGCUACAGGGCAAGACCAAACGGACUUCCAGUAACAAGAAUUUCGGAGGGACUUUGACCAAAGAAACCGCUGUGACCAACGUAAAGAACCUUCCGCACGUUGGAUCUGCUGAGAUGACUGACCUGAGCGCGAGCACAAUGGACUAUCAUCAGAAGGUCCGAGAGUCCAAACUGAGAGUCCACGAAGCACAGGAGAAGAUGAGAGACUUGGCGCUCAAUAUUAGGUUGAAAGAGGAGCUCAUCCGAGAGUUGGUCAAGACUGGACGAGAGGCAGAAACUGCAAAUAAGAAAUUUUCUGAGAGGAUCCAGCAACUGGAAACAGAAGCUCACUCUGCUAAGACGGAGCUUCACGAUGCCCAGGAUGCAUUACAGCGCCUCGGAGCCAAGGAGCAUCAGGAAACCCAUGACAAGGAGAAACUUGGGGAAGAGUAUCGUCGCAAGAUGGACAAAGCUAAGAAUAGAAUGAAGGAACUGCAACAAAAACAAAAGGAAACUGAGAAAGUGCUAAAAGUACAAGGACAGAGCAACAAGAAAGUCAGUGACUUGGAGCUUGCUGUGGGUCGAAUGAAGCAACAUCAGGAACUUCUUCAACAACGUCUUAAAGAUGAAGCAGAUCGGAAACUCAAGCUUGAGAAAGAAUGGCAGAAGGAUCAGCAGAGGAUUCGAGAGCUGGAGAUCCGCAUGGAACAACAGCAGAAAAUCCUCAAGAGAAAAACAGAGGAGGUGGUCGUUGCACAGCGUAAACUCCGCCACGGUAACCCACACAAUGAUGAACAAGUCAAGUUUGAAGAGCAGAAGAAAUGGCUCGACAGUGAGGCGGAUAAAGUGCUGGAACGCAAACGCAAAGUCAAAGAAUUAGAACAGGAGCUGACAACAAGGGAAGACAUCAUUGCUAAGAAAGAAGGACUACUGAAAGAAAAAGGAGAGCUGGAAAUGAGACGGUUGAGAUCCAGUCAGACCCUCAAUAAGGAUCUGAGUGGUUUAUCCUCCAAAAUACAGAGCGUGGAGAAACAGCUUGAAGAGAAGAACAGCGCCCUCAGGGUCAGCGUAGAAGCGCUCAGCCAUGACAUCACAAGUCACAUCAAGACAUUGAAACAUGACAGGGACCGGUUGAUGAAACAGAGGAAUAUACUCGAUGCUAAACUUGGCCAGGGGACCUUACUAUCACCCACCGAAGAAAGAAGGUUAAUUGAGCUUGAUGAAGGCGUAGAUGCACUGGACGCUGCUAUUGACUUCAAGAAUGAGGUCAUCGCAAGUCGGCAGCAGGAACUCAAGAUAACAAACCUCACGACGAGUGAAGAGGUUCUAGCUGGACGGCUCUGCUCUCUCUCCGCUGCAGAUAACCGCAGUCUCCUUAUGAGGUACUUUGAGAAGGUCGUUGACCUCAGAGAGACGGACAAGAAGAAAGAUCUGACCAUCACCGAGAUGGAGAUGAAAGUUGACGAGCAGUCACGCUUAAUGCGGGAGCUUGAGGGCGCCCUACAGAGGUCAGCAAUGGAGCUUGACCGCAAACUGAUGAGCCAACAGAAACAACACGAGCAGAGAGUGCAGAUGUUGCUACGUCAACAGACGGAUAGUGACGGCAACGCUGGCAGAGCAUAUGAGAAGCAGAUAUCCGACCUCGAGAAAGAUCUUUACUACUACAAGAAGAUCAGCAGAGAGCUCAAGAGGAAGUUACGACAGAUCGUAACUGAAAGUACCCCCUCUGGUGGCCAAGAUGGGAAAGGUGAGGAUGAGACUGGUACCAGUCAUCACCUGACUAAAGAGGAUGGGGAUGACAGAAGGAGUCAGGAUUCUAGACGUGGUGUCACGCCUGUAAGAAAAGCAAGGAAAGAAGUCCGGGAACUAAGUUUGGCUGAGUUGUCUGUUCGCCGGUCCGGGGCCAGCCAGGCCUCUUUUGUUGCAGAUUCUAUAGAACGAGAGCAUAAAAGCAAUGGUUCUUCAUCAGCGAAUAACCCAUGGAACUAAUGAUGCCCUAGGAUGGUAACCUACAAAAUGUGCUAGUCUAGCAUGUCUAGUGCAGGUGUUCACUGGUAACCAUCCAUAAGCAGUGUAUUUGUAUGCAACUGGUAAGGUGUCUCUGCUAAGCAGAUUAGAUUGACGUGCCUAUGAACUGUCGGGAUUUGUUCUGAUUUGGGAAUUUAUUUAACUUUUUCCUUUGAGGGUUGACCAUGUGUUUUGUAUGGUGCAUUCAAGCAUCAAUCAUCCCAAACCAGAGUGGAUGAUAAAGAAUUGGUCAGACAGUAGGAGGGUUGACUGUCACAGUUGUAGGUUGGCAUAGUUUAUCUUGUAUUUAAACAGCCAAUAAAGGAUGAUCUCAGUAUUUCAAAUAUUGCCUUUUUAUGGUCAAUUAGACAGUGUGCAUGUAGAUACCGGUUAAUAACCAUUUUACUCUCAAAAUUUGCAUUUAGUAAUAAUUCCCUCGAGUCAAAAAUGCACCCGGCCGGGCGGCUUUUUCAGCCGAGAGUAAAAAGUGGCUUAUCUAUUAUAAUGACCCCUUGAUGCCAGUGACGAUUUCCCCCUAAUUGAACACAGUUCUCCAGCUUUGGCAAACUGAGGUCGCUAUUUUCCACAUCAAAUAGCCGCCACUGGCGUCACGAUU